AUGGCAGAGCCUGCGAGCAAGAAGCGGCGGCUUGCGGAUGUGGGGCCAAGGGAGGUGCCUGACUGGAUAGAGGAAAGACUCAAGCAGUUACAUCUGGAAGCACGUCAUGCAAAGACCGCGCGAGCUGCCCUGCAGCACUUCACCCGAGAGGCUUUGUCACAAAUCACGAUGAAGGGCCUGGACUAUGCUCUCGAGGAAGCAUUUCCAGACACGGCCCUUCGGAAAGCUGUAGUGUGCGCACUGCAUGGCUGCAUAGAUGAACAUUUGCCACCAACUUCCGUUGAGCCCGCAACAGAUGCUUUUUGUGAAUGGCUGGAAGAGGCGGUGCAGUCCGAGCCGAAGACUUGGGGCAAUGGCAAGGAGCUGACCUUCUCCAGCAAGAUCUUGGGCAACAACGGUAUGGGCAAUGUCCUCAUUGUUCGCAAGUGCUAUGUGCAGAUGAAGGAGGAGGCAAUGUCGUGGCUUUGUGCACAGCCGGAAACCGACCGAAUUGGAUUGUUUGUCGUGACAGGCACACCGGGAAUUGGCAAGACUUUAUUCUUGGGCUUUAUGGCUGCAGUUCUGGCUGCAGAGCAGAAAUAUCAUAUCGUUGUCCAGCAUGGGGGCAUGUGGUGGUCGCGACAGGUUGGUGGGAAAACGACGGCUCACUACGAAGCAAAGCCCGUGGAGCUGCUUCAAAAAUCCGCCACUUUGUUGUUAGCAGACCCUCAUGGAGGCGAUGGACGUGUGGACAUACAACCGCGUAUGGCGGGAUGCACACUGGUUUUCACCUCACCGUCCAAGAAGAGCUAUGACACGCCGUAUAAACAGCAAAGGAACCACAGCACCAUCCGCUACAUGCCUGUUUGGUCAGUCGAUGAGGUCUUGACCCACAGAAUGAAGUUGUUCCCGAAUAGUUCUGAAGAUCAGAUCAGGCUGGGGCAUUCACUUUUGGGUGGAAGUCUGCGAUGGUUGGGGCAGCUCUUGAACAGUAAAGGUGACUUGGACGUCGCCGCCCGUAAUAUGGUUCAGCAAAGCAUGCACAACUGCACCUAUGACAAUCUUUUCGAAGCGGCCUCGAGUGUGCCAUCCGAUAUGCAAGGCGGACAGAGCCACAUGAGUCUGCUGUUGCAGAUUCAUUCUGAAUGUCCUUUUGACAAAUCAACUACGGAGCUUGUUGAGUCAUCCGUUGUCAGCGAGGCGAUUCGCGACAAGCUGGAUGCCAAUAGCAGAGCAGCACGUCCGCGCUUCAUCAACGCAUGUUUGGACAUACCUGCCCUCGGCUCAUUUGUUGGGGGCCUUGUCCAAGAUGAGGUGUAUGAGAAACUUACACAGGGUGAUGCGAAUCACAUUCUGAAAGUCAGGUCGUUGUCAUCCGAUGAGACUUCUGACGUGCAGGUACCGUGCCUUGUCAGGACACUCCGCAGGAAAGAAGGCAAACCAAUUUCCAAACAAUCCUUGGAGCCUGGCUGUAUUUACCACCCAAAGAAUAAGAUCUUCCCAGCUACAGACUUUUUCUUUGUGGUCGACAGCAGUGGCAGCUUGGUGCUGUGGCUGUUGCAGAUUACCAAGAGCACUUCGCACGACUGCAAGAUGGAGAGAAUGAAGGACAUGUUUGAGCAGUAUUUCAAGGCGGAUACGCUGCACAAGAUCGGCAUCAUUAAAUGGGUUGUUGUGACGCCUGCACAAAUCGGGAAGAAAUACCAUGCAGAGCAAACCGUCAAGGGCGCAUGGACGAAGACGGACAAGACGGCAGUCAAGGUAGAGCAAUACGUCUCGGCCUGGAAGGUUUGA